CAUCCGUCGCUAGUGGGUGCUCCUAGGAGGGCUCAUGACUCAUGAUUUUCUCCUCCAGUUUCGACUCUCGAGCCUCGACAUCUUCUGUUCUUCCUUCAAUUUCAAUCAUUCUCAGGUUCCAAUUUCGGAAGUAACCGGACUGUAAACUGAGUAACUCCUGUAAACGAGGGGAAGGAAAAUGGCGACUCUAGCUCGUUUGUCCAGAAAAGCUCUAAAAGCUGGCCUCUCAUCUUCAUCCCUUUUUCCCCGUGGUCUCUCCACCGAAGCAGCGAAACUAACUGUAACUGAUCGAGUGAAAUGGGAUUAUAGAGGACAGAGAAAAAUAAUCCCUUUAGGGCAAUGGGUUCCCAAGAUCGCCGUCGACGCCUAUGUGGCUCCAAACGUCGUUCUAGCAGGGCAAGUUACGGUUAACGACGGAUCUUCCGUCUGGAACGGUUCAGUUCUUCGCGGCGAUCUCAACAAAAUCACCAUUGGAUUCUGCUCAAAUGUGCAGGAGAGGUGCGUUCUCCACGCCGCUUGGUCGUCUCCAACAGGACUUCCGGCAGAGACAUCCAUUGAGAGAUUUGUUACAAUUGGGGCUUAUAGUCUUCUACGAUCCUGCACAAUUGAACCUGAAUGCAUAAUAGGGCAGCACUCUAUCCUUAUGGAAGGUUCAUUGGUGGAGACUCACUCCAUCCUGGAAGCUGGUUCUGUAGUCCCACCGGGCAGGAGAAUUCCAACCGGGGAACUUUGGGCUGGAAACCCUGCGAGGUUUGUUAGGAGUCUGACACACGAGGAGAUAUUGGAAAUCCCCAAACUUGCAGUUGCAAUCAAUGAUCUUACUAAGAGCCAUUUCUCGGAGUUCCUCCCUUACUCCACAGUUUACUUGGAGGUUGAGAAAUUGAAGAAAUCUUUUGGGAUCCCUAUUUGAAAUCCUUUCGUUUUGUGUGUAUCAAUAAGCUGGACUUGCUUUCAGAGGAAAUAAAUAAGGAUCCCCAAAACUCUUCUUAGGAAGCUUCUGAAUUUUGAGUACUUGUUUUUCCUUGGGAUUGUUGGAAAAAAAAAAAAGGUUUUAGAUUCAAUUUGACGAUGCAAAGUAAUGUCAGAAUUUAUUUUGCAGUUGUUAGAAGUCUAUGACUAUAUGAAGCAUUAAUAUGUAGAGUUAUAUCGAAGGCCGGUGUCGUUUUUCCGAUGGAAGGAAUUGACCCAAUUUUGCUUCA